AUGGCUUUUACGGUUUCUCUCGCAGGCCACAUCAAUGGAGUCACUCAAUGCAAUAACAACCUCCCACCUUCAUCAUCUCUAUGUAAACUAAGCUCCAGUGUUAAUGUAGUUGACAUGAGAUUAGUAUCCCGACGUGGACUACAAAAAGUUGGAUCUGGUCGUAAAUGUUUCCGAGUCCAAGCCCUUUUUGGAGGAAAAAAAGAUAAGGAAGGCCAAGCAGGAAUGCCCGGAAACAUGCUAAAUCUGUUUGAGGCUGUGAAGAAGGCGCAAUCGGUUGUCCAAGUUGAAUCAAGCCGAAUACAGAAAGAACUUGCAGAAGCAGAGUUUGAUGGCUACUGUGAGGGUGAGUUAAUAAAGGUGACACUAUCAGGCAAUCAACAACCAGUUCGAACACAAAUCACCGAGGCUGCUAUGGAAUUGGGAUCCGAAAAAGUUUCACUUUUAGUCACAGAGGCUUACAAGGAUGCACACCAGAAGAGUGUCCAGGCCAUGAAGGAAAGGAUGAGUGGUAUUGCACAGAGCUUAGGAAUGCCACCGGGUUUCGGUGACAUGUUGAAAUGA